GCAACCAUAAACAGUCAGAGCAGUGCGCGUUCAAACGGUGUCUGUUCUUACGUUUUAGAAGGCACAUUCUGAUUGGUUACCAAUACAUCAAUCAUCUGCUGUAUAUUGUAACAACCCAUAACACAAAGUGUUACCAUGGCUGACAAGAAGAAAGCCAGCAAUAUGGCACGUCGAAAGCAGGAAAUCCAACUACAGCAGGAGAUUGAAACACAGGAGGAGUGGGAGGAUAUCAUGUCUAAAGAGGGAUUAUAUGUUAUAGACGUAUACCAGGAAUGGUGUGGACCGUGCGUAGGAAUGAACAGUGUCUUCAAAAAAAUUAAAAACGAUUUGGGUGAUCCACUUCUCAAAUAUGCCGUCGCCAAAGCUGACACAAUAGAUGCCUUGGAGAAGUACCGUGGACGCUGUGAGCCGUGCUUCCUGUUUUAUGCGGGAGGAGUGUUAGUGGCAGUGAUCAGGGGAGCUAACUCUCCCAUGGUAAUGAGAACAGUCACAGAACAGUUACAACAGGAACACAAGGUCAUCGAUGGAACAGCCGAAAGGAAAGAGAUCAAGGAUCCAUACAUCUCUAUGGUGGAUACGAUGGACGACAUGGAUGAGGAUGAAGAAGAGACUGAGGAAGGUCGACCAGCCAGUAAAAAAGACGGAAAACAAAUGAGAUUUAAGGGUGAACUCGUCAAUUUUGGGGAUGAAAAUGACCGCUCGCAAGAGGCAAAGAAAGAGGUCACAGUGGCGAUCAUCAAACCAGAUGCAGUACAGGCCGGUAAAGUGGACGAGAUCCUAGCGGAGAUCAAGACUCAAGGUAUUGAGAUUCUCAAACAAGAAGAACGAGUGAUGACAGAGGAGGAGGCGACGAACAUGUACACUCAUCUCCAGGAGGAGGAAUUCUUCAAGGAUCUGAUCACAUUCAUGACAAGCGGCCCAUCUCAUAUACUGGUACUCACAAAGGGACGAACGGGUGAAAACAUUAUCAACAACUUUAGAGACCUAUUAGGGCCUACAUCUGUAGAGGAGGCGAAAGAAAAACAACCUGAGAGUUUGAGGGCAAAACAUGGCCAAGAGACGUACAUGAACGCCCUACACGGUAGUAGCUCAGAGGACCAAGCCAUGAGAGAACUGGGCUUCUUCUUCCCGGAUUAUGUCAUACCUGCAGCGGAAGGAAAACCCAAAUUACAGAGAACUUUGGCCCUUAUAAGGCCAGAUGCCUUCAAACUACACAAAGAAGAGGUAAUACAAAUGAUCAACGAGGCUGGGUUCAAGAUCGCUCUACAGAAGGAAAUGUUGCUGACAAAAGAGAUGGCCGAGGACUUCUAUAAAGAACACAAAGGCCAGGAAUACUUUGAUGAACUCGUGACGCGCAUGUCUAGUGGUCCUCUGAUGGCGCUCGGCUUGGCGCGUGAGGAUGCAGUCGAGGGCUGGAGAGGUAUGUUAGGGCCAAAGGAGCUUGACAAAGCCAAGGAAGAGGCACCAGAUAGUUUAAGAGCCAAAUUUGCAGUAGAUGAUGUUAUGAUUAACCAAUUCCACGGAUCAGACUCCGAAGAUUCAGCACAAAAAGAAUUAGAAUUUUUCUUCCCAGUGCAACAAACAAUGGCAGUAAUCAAACCAGAUGCUUUAGGAACAAAAGAUGAAAUUAUUGAAAAAGUUCAUGAAGCUGGAUUCAAAAUUGCUGCAAGGAAAGAAACAACGUUAUCAAUGGAAAUUGCUAAAGAGUUUUAUUCCGAUCAUAAAGACAAAGAUUAUUACAAUGACCUUGUGGAACAUAUGGCAAGUGGUCCAACAAUGUUUAUGGUGCUUUCAAGAGAGGAUGCUGUUGAUGGAUGGAGGUCUCUGAUUGGUCCUACAGAUCCAGAGAAGGCCAAGGAAGAUAGUCCAGAAUCGUUGCGGGCGUUGUAUGGUGGAGACAUCCUCAAGAAUGCCGUCCAUGGAAGUUCAAACACAGAACGGGCAAAGGACCACAUCCAGAAGAUAUUCGGUGAUUUGAAGUUUACAUGUGAUGGGUGGCUCGUCAAAGACGAGCAAGAAAUGCAGGAACAAGAUGAAAAGACAGAAGAAGCUGCCGGAGAAGAAACACAACAAACGACAGAGGGCGAAGAACAAAAAGAAGGAGAGGAAAAGAAAGAAGAGGGUGGAGAACAGACAACAGAACAGCAGGAAGAAAAACAAGAGGGAGAGGAAAAGAAAGAGGAAGGUACAGAAGGUGGAGAUCAGACGACAGAACAGCAGGAAGAGAAACAAGGUGAAUCAACUAAGGGAGAUAAGCCUAGCAAGGAACAAACCGGGGACUUAGAGGAACCCCCAAAACAGGAACAGGCAGAAGAACAGGAACAAGACACUGCUGUCACCAAGAAAAGUACAGAAGUAGAAGAUGUUGCGCCAGAGGAUCGCCAGCGAUUCAGAGAGGCUGAGGCUGCCAAAACAGAGGAGGAAAAACCACAGGAGGAGGAGCAGAAGUCAACCGAGGAAGCGAAACCAUCAGAGGAGGAAACGCCUAAAGAGGAGGAGAAAGCCCCUGAGGAGCCACCCAAAACUGAAGAAGAACCUAAACAAGAGGAGGCUAAAACAGAAGAAGAGUCUCCAAAGGAAGAAGAAAAAUCAGAGGAGGCUCCUAAAGAGGAAGAAAAGAAAGAGGAAGAAAAGAAGGAGGAAGAAGUAAAACAGGAGGAGGAAGCUCCUAAACCAGCUGAAGAAGAAGCUAAGCCUGAAGGUGAAGGGGAGGCAAAAACUGAGGAACCAGAACAACAGAAGACGGAAGAACAAACAAAGACAGAAGAACCAACACCAGAGGAAACAAAGACAGAAGGUGAAGACGAGAAGAAAGAAGAAGAGACCAAAACGGAGGGAGAAGGUGCAGCAUAAAGGAGAAAUUUUGUGAUCUAAAACAAGGAAUGGACCAAAAGUAUUCAUUACAAUCAAAACGCCCUGCCAUGGAUAUCAUCUGGAAAACUUAAGUCAUUUAUCAGAUCAUUUUGUGGUGGUCACUGUGUGUUAUAACCCCAUCCAUUGGAUUCAAACUUUACAUUCCAAUAGCAUCAUGGGUACAGGAAGUGACAUCAUGGGAAUGGGAAGUGACAUCAUGAUCAUGUGACAUAACAUGGGUGUAAAUCGUGGUCAGGAUUUGAUUGGAACAGAUCUGUGAUGCAAUGCACUUGAGUGUGUGCCUUCAAAUAUCAUGUGUCAACUAAUUAAAAUCCUUUUUUUUAAUUUAACAUAGACAUCGGUUUCCGUCCAAAUUUUACCUGUGAAUUCUAUAUACACUUAUACCCAUGUGCAUUGCCAGUUUACAUUCCACCUGUGCGUAAACUGUUAUAUAUACUUGUUAAAAUGUAAUAUUGGUGAUCUUUUUUAUUUAUUGAAAUAAAAUUUUCAACAUGUGU